AUGGCAUCCAACAACAAUCGGCGUCUCGUCCAUCCACUGCUAUUUCUGGGUUGUUUACUUCUCUGUUUCAAUGAAGCAGUGGCUGUGGAAUACAUUGUCAUUGGCGUGACGGGUUUGUUCGAGGAAGGAUUUCCCAGUCAUCCGAUUCUUCACUACACUGCUGCUCCUGACGACUUUGACGAUGGCAACAUCAAAACCAUUGAUGAGAGAAACAGUGAGAAUGACAACACCAAUGCAAUUUUCCUUGGACGCGGUGUCGUGAGGGGAUACAGAGCCUUUCUUGACAUUACGGAACCAGGAUGGCGAGAGUAUCAUGUCAACCACAACCCUUCUUCCAUCGGUCAACAACAAGCAUCACCAAUGGUGAAUUCCCAUGUCAUUGCCAGCGGCUGUCGGGAACAUGCACAUGAAUUUUCGCUGUAUCUAGUGGACACGCGCCAACUAGCUGUCAUUCUACAGAGUAUGCCAAGGUUUACCAGCCUCACGGCGGACACGGGAAGUGUCGAUCUGGAUGCAAAUGGCACAACACCGCUGGUAUCCGACUUUUUUCGAGCUUUUUAUGACGUUAGCCGCAAUAAUAAUAUCCACACUGUGGCAAUUGCUCUCAUGACAUGUGUGCAUUUCCGUGGAAAGAGCCAUAUUCCCAUGCCUCCCGUCCACAAAUUGGACGAUGGCACCAUGGUGACCAGUUUUCCAGACAGCUUGGCAUUGUGGGCUCAGGUUCGCGAUGGCGACCGCACGGCUGUGGAAGAUACUACCCGCCGCUGUAGUCGUCGUCAAGACCAGCCAUGCCCUCCCAAAGUUUGGGUGGAAGCCAUGAAAGCCGAACAGCGCUACUGGAAUGGGAUCCGGGAAACCAUACGACAGGCGGAGCAGUACCGUCCCAGCCAAGAGUUGGUACAGUUGUAUGGACCUCCCUUUCGCUGCAAGCAAAAAGCUCGUUUUGGGGUUGGAAGGGAGGGUGAUAAUAAUGACGAUACGACACCAGUUCGUCUUCCACGCUCCUUGACACCCGCGGUGGUCAAGGCUGCCCUGAAUCAGAUUGGCUAUGAACCAAAGUUUCCAUCUGGAAGCAUUGAAGCAUUGAGUGUGACGACGAAUACCCAAACGAACGGUGAAGCUCCUGACUUGUAA